AUGUGCCCUCAUGCUAACGGCGACGCACUUCCCAACGGCACUUCUCAGAUGGUAGCCGUAGAUAUGUCUAACGGCGCAACACACACCUCUUCGGUCAAGUCGAAUGGAGUAAAUGGACAUUCCAAUGGCGUUAACGGCCAUUCUAACGGCAUUAACACUGGUGCCAAAAUCCUUGAACAGCAACAAAGAAACCCAUACGCUCCUCGAGCGUCUGACUUCUUGAGCAACGUAUCUAACUUUAAGAUCAUUGAGAGUACACUACGAGAGGGCGAGCAGUUUGCAAAUGCUUUCUUUGAUACCAAGACCAAGAUCGCAAUUGCUAAGGCUCUUGACGCUUUCGGUGUUGAAUACAUCGAGUUGACGAGCCCUGCAGCGUCUGAGCAGUCCCGUGCAGACUGCGAGGCAAUCUGCAAGCUCGGCCUUAAGGCUAAGAUCUUGACCCACAUCCGUUGUCACAUGGAUGAUGCACGGAUAGCAGUCGAGACUGGCGUUGAUGGUGUGGACGUUGUCAUCGGCACAUCAUCAUUCCUUCGUGAAUUUUCGCACGGCAAGGAUAUGGCCUACAUCACCAAGACUGCUAUCGAAGUUAUCGAGUUCGUAAAGACCAAGGGCAUCGAGGUCCGAUUCUCAUCGGAGGAUUCCUUCCGCUCCGAUCUCGUCGAUUUGCUCUCGAUCUACCAGACAGUCGACAAGAUUGGCGUCAACCGAGUUGGCAUUGCGGAUACAGUUGGUUGCGCAAACCCUCGCCAGGUUUACGAUCUUGUCCGUACUCUCCGCGGGGUUGUUCACUGUGACAUCGAGAUCCACUUGCACAAUGAUACCGGAAUGGCGAUCGCCAACGCCUACACGGCGCUCGAAGCCGGUGCGACACACAUUGACACUUCCGUUCUCGGAAUUGGUGAGCGAGUCGGAAUAACCCCGCUUGGUGGGCUUGUUGCAUGUCUAUAUGCGGCCAACCCCGAGUACGUCAAGAGCAAGUACAACCUGUCCAUGCUCCGAGAGAUCGAGAAUUUGGUCGCGGAGGCAGUAGAAGUGAACGUCCCGUUCUCGAACCCCAUUACCGGGUAUUGUGCGUUCACGCACAAGGCCGGUAUUCACGCCAAGGCUAUUCUGAACAACCCGUCCACCUAUGAGAUCUUGAAGCCUGAGGAUUUCGGUCUCACGCGAUAUGUGUCUAUCGGACACAGGCUCACGGGCUGGAACGCUGUCAAGAGUCGUGUGGAGCAGCUCGGACUCAAGCUUACCGACGAGGAGGUCAAGGAUGCCACUGCGAAGAUCAAGGAACUCGCGGACGUUCGCACACAAUCUAUGGAUGAUGUCGACUCGUUGCUCCGUGUGUACCACUCCGGUAUUCAGUCUGGCGAACUCGCAGUUGGUCAGAAGGAGGCGCUAGAUAGGCUGCUGCGCAAGCACCGCGAGGAGAGACAGCGCGCCCGCGACGCAUCUGCCAGCCAGCCGCCCCUGCAACAGAUCUGUUAG